AUGGUUGAUUCUGGAUUCGAGCGUAUCACUGUGAUGGACGGAAAACUCGAACCGCUGGAAAAGAUAUUCCAGCAACUGGAGGAAGAGAGCGAGCGCAAGGCCCAGGAGCAACUCAUGGCCCCUAAUUCUGACGACUCGCCGGAACGCCCUACCAGUUCACUUGCCAUCAAAAGGAUUAGAGAAAGACGGCGGGGUAGUAUUUCAAUUUCUCGGAUUGGGCAGCUCCCGGAGGAGAUGUCAACGGCGGAGACGAAAGGACCGACAACGCCUACGCUGAUGAAAAUCACCUCCAACUCUCCCUUUUACCAGGCACAAAUAGCAAACGGUAGCACGGAUUCCAUAGCCUCAGGCGCGUCUGCAUACUCGAACGACCACGCUCAUACGGAAGACGACAACCACGUCACCCAGAUGCACCAUAUCGCAGGCCGUCCAAGUAUCUCGUCCAAAAUGAUUCCACGGCGGCUCAGCCGGUCUCAGUCCACGGGCGUGAUCCCCCCGCCCAGGGGUGUGCAAAAUAUGGAAUCCACUGUCAUAAUCGACGUCUCUGUCCAAGAAGCGACGGUCGAAUCCGAGCGCGAGGAAGAUGGUGCCGUAGUGACGCGCUCGCGCCGUACGAGCAUUCAGGCUGCUGGCUCUCUGCGUCACCAAUCGUCGAGGUUGACAAUACCUCCUCCCAAAGUUGUCAACGGUGCCGGUGGCAGCAGCACGGGCUGGCUGUCCAAGGCCAAGAACUUUACCCUUAGAUUCUCCCGGAAAAAUAGACCUUCGAUCCCUGUCCAACACGUCGAAUCGUGA